AAUCUUUUCAGAAGCUGCAAGGAUUCCGUGACGAUUGGAUGCAGUUUUGUGUUUGGUUUGGAAUUGUUCAGUGGAAUAUUGGUUUUCAAAAGUGUGAUUUUCUUCUGUUCGAAUUGGUGAUGAAAAAGUGACUUUUGGUUUUGUGAUUGUGAAAAUUGCGAUGUUUUGUGACGGGUUUUGAGUGGAGUAAUGUGAAUUUGUGUCUCUAUUUUCACUUCUUUUCAGACGGGACCAACCCAGACACGCCAUGAUGCACUUCCGUCUCGAUUCAACAUGGAUGCACCCAUUUUUCUCUGCUUAAUUUUUGAUUCUGUCUCGUUUCAGUUGAACAGAAAAACGCAGUUUUGGAGAAAUUUUCUAUUCUAAAUGGUUCAGAUGCAAGCCUUUACGAAUUUUAAAUUUUUAUUAGGCACUUCUUGGGAAAAUUUUCUUGGUUCUAAAAUUCUCUUUUCUUAAUUAAUACAGAAGACAUCACACCAAAAUCGGUGGUUCACCCACUGUUCGGCGGCGGUGCAUGCCGUUGGCCAGGCUGCGAGAGGAUUUUCGACGACUUUGACGAAUUCUACAACCAUCUCCAGUCGGAUCACAUCAAUGGUGACUACUCGGCUGCGCAGGCUCGCAUCCAGAUGGAGGUGGUGUGUCAAUUGCACCUGCAGCUGCAGAAGGAGCGCGAUCGACUGCAGGCGAUGAUACUGCAUCUGAACAAGAAGAACGAGAUGGCGCGAAUUCCGAUGGCCGGUGCCGGUCCGUUUGUGCCGCAGAUUCCGCCUCCACCGCCACCGUACGAUCUGAUCGCGGGGCUACGCUUUCCGCCGGCCGGGCCGAUAACGGACGGGUCCAUGGUUGAAGCGGCGCUUCAGUUGACCAACAAACAACAGCAGGCGUUGCAUCAUCACCAUCAGCAACAGCAACAACAGCAGCAGCAACAGCAAGGUGGGCGAUCUUCGAAGGGGUCCAUUCGGGCCAAGUACUUUGGGUCACCGCAGGACGCGGAUAUUGGAGGGUAUAAGGAGGUUCACUUCCCCGAUGUGCAGGACGGUGAGUGUGUUGAUGUCCAGAAGAAUCGCGAGUUCUACCGAAGUCAUGAUGUACGCCCGCCGUUUACUUAUGCAUCUUUGAUAAGACAGUCGAUAAUCGAGUCACCAGAGAAGCAACUGACACUGAACGAAAUUUACAACUGGUUCCAGAACACAUUCUGCUACUUCCGAAGAAAUGCAGCGACAUGGAAGAACGCCGUCCGCCACAAUCUGUCGCUGCACAAGUGCUUCAUGCGGGUCGAGAACAUCAAGGGCGCCGUCUGGACCGUAAACGAGGCAGAGUUUUGCAAGCGCCGCCCGCAGAAGCUCGGAAUAAUGCAGUUUAAAUUUCAGAACGCGGGUCCCAACGCGGCUGGUGGAAUGCACCAGCAUCAGCACCAGCAGAUGCAACAGUCGAGCGGCGGCGGUGGCGGUAAGAAGAAACAACAGUUGACACUGGGAGGAGUUGUUGGGCCACCGUCGCAGCAGGCGGUGGCGGUUCCUCCUCCUUUGGCGUCUGCUGUGGCGUCGGCUGCCGCCGCUUCGGCCCUAGCACUGAAGCACCAUCCUCCGCCGCCUCCUCCUCCGGUUGGGUUCUAUUACAAACGGUUCGUAGUAGGCGUUCCCUCGUGUGUGUUGCCACGGCAAUGUGUGAUUUGUUUCUACUCUUUUAAGAUUUUACUCUACUUUUUGAACUCGAUUUCCUCUCACUUUGUGUAGCGUGUUUUGAAUACUCCACUCCAUCAACAGUUCAAAACUUUUGUAAUAUUUUUAAUAUAUUUUACUAACUUCUUUCAGACUUAAUAACCACUACAUGUAUGUGAGUCUUGGGGUUUGAAGAUUGUUACAAGCUGACUUAUGAUGAAUGUUCGAAAGACUACACAUCAGCAUAAGGUUACUAGGAUUAAUAGAAAAAAUAAUAAUCAGACCUCAAUUUUUGAAAUCUUUUGAAAAAAAUUCAAAACAACUUUCUUUUACAACUAAACAGAGGGUCAGCGAAGAGUCGUCAGAUAUGUUCUUAAGAAUGUUGAACUGUUGAUCAUUUCAAAAUAAUCUUUUCUAAUUCAAAAGAUAUGAAAAUUGUCGAUCAUACUUUCGAUUCUACACUGCUUAUGAAUAGUGAACAUUUCGAUUGUUUGUUAAAAUUUUGACUAAACAAGGACAGCAGUCAUUCUUCAAACCCAAAACCUACAUAUCAGUGCAGUGGUUAUUAUUUUCAUUUUUAGAAUAUUCAGAAAGACAUCGAAGCUAAACCUUAGCAAAAGCUUCACGCAAACCAUAGCCGUUUGGAUGCAGAGAAAGCCUUUACAUCGCGUGUUUAUCAGUGUGCAAAAUGCUAUGACACUGCUACACGACGGUGGAUGGUUUGCGUCUUCGCUGACGGUAUUAGCUUCCAUGUAUUUGGUGUAAUCUUCCAGCAGAGCUUUGCAUAGCCUUCUUCAACACGAAGGGGAAACAAAAAGGAUACAAAGCUUGCUAUGGUGAUGAUUACCACCUCAUGCAACACAGCGUCCGUCGAGUGUGCUUUCGUCGCGUUGCAAGACGGAAGCAACAUGUUUUAUCUUACAGAGCGAUGCGUGUGUUGCAUGGUUUUUGUCACUAUGAAAUUUGUGAAAUUCGUGUGUCUAAUGCAAGCGAAAUUGUCACAAAUUUUAAGACAAUCGGAACCGGGCUGUACACGUUUUGAUUUUUAUUGUAUAUUUUAUUAUUAUCCCAAACAGCACACAUGUCACAUAAGAGUUAAGACGGCACAUGUUUUGAUUACACAGAAGCCACUGUUACUUACUUGUAGCAUUGUGUUAAAAGUAAGUCCCAGUGA